CUAGUACCUGCAUCUCAAAGGAGGAGAAUCCACACUGACUGCUGAACUCUGAUCUAACACAAGAAGGUCCAAACAACAAACUGUAUCGUGGAGCAAUGAAGAUUUAUCAGAGCGUCCUGCUGCUCUUCAGCUGCCAGUUCCUUCACACUCUGGCUUUAGACUGUACCGUGAUGUUUGGUAACCUGAAGCAGAUAGAUGCUGGGUUGGGUUCAGUGGUUGGAGUAAACAAUCUUAAUGAACCGUUUGUCCUGAUUAAUAAUGUCUUCAUAAAAAUCAAUAUGUCUCUGAAGCACUUCAGUGUUGGUCCUGCUGGUUGGCUGGGGGUGAAUUCAGCAAACUACAUCUUCAAGUUUCAGAGUGGUUCCUUCAUUCAGUUUCCAGGGCUUCUCAAACAGGUGGAUGCUGGAGGUGAUCAGAUCAUUGCAGGUGUCAAUAUGAAUGAUGACAUAUUCUGUUUAAAUAUGGAUGCGAACGACAAAUGGCCAUCCAGCACUAUUCCUUGGGUUCACAUUCCUGGAAAGCUUAAGUACUACAGCUGUGGUCCGUACAGCUGUUGGGGAGUGAACAGCUAUGACCAAAUCUGGAUCCUGAGGGAUGUGUCAAAUAAUGCCUGUUCUGGGUCUGGCAACUUUUUGAAUAUUGGGGGACUUCUGUCCAUGAUUGAAGUAGCAACUGAUGGGAGUGUCUUUGGUGUCAACUAUCAAGGGAACUUAUACCAAAGGUGA